GGACCUGAAGAUGAUGUUAAAAAUGUUAUUACACAAAUUCAGACAAUGGUUGAUGAAGUUCAUAAAUAUGUGUUCGAUUUGAAAGUAAAUCCGAAGUUUUACAAAUAUUUAAUUGGAAAAAAUGGAGUCAAUGUUAAAAAGAUCAGAUAUUUAACGAACACAAGAAUAAUUUUCCCGCCUGAAACUGAUUCCACUAAUGAAAUUGUAACUAUUGUUGGUAAAAAAGAGAAUGUUAAUAAAGCAAAAGCAAAAUUUGAAGUUAUGAUAACCGAUAUUGGUAAUGCCAUCAAAGAACACGUAGAAAUCAAUGAAAAAUAUCAUCGUAGCAGUGGUACAGUAGGUGCGACGCACCGAGGCCUUCGUGAUUUGGGGCCCUCAAUUCAAAAGAAAACUGAUAUGAACAAAAAUAGAAGCUUGCGUUAA